AAGAGGGUUUUUCAUCUGUCCCCAAAUAUACGCUUUUCUAGCUGCGAAGAUCUUGCGUUUUGGCCGGUUCUUGCCCUCGGCGCUAGCGCUACAUUCUUCGAUCGACUGGUACUGCGCCGCUGCUGCGGCGAUGGGAUUGCUAGGAAUGGAAUGCGGGAGGAGCGUGGCGGAGAUUCUGGUCUGAAUCGAGGUAUGAGUGCUCCAGGAUUGUCGCGUCGAUCGCUGGCCGCGGUAUUCUUGGGGGCAUUGGCGCUCUGGAUUGGCUCCGAGGCGAGCGAGCUCGGGAUUUCGGCAGAGAUUCGGGCAAGGAUGGAAAUAUUUUGGAUUUCGGGGAUAGGUAGGCAGCUAGAAUAUAAAUGAUCGCCGAGGGAUGGACGCGAUGAAGCAGCGGCAAGAGGCAGAGGCGAAGGCGAGGGACUCUAUUGAUUGCUCUGGCCGAGGCUGCGAAUCGCUGGAGCUGCCCAAAUGGUGCUUCAAGCGGGAAGAGGAUGGCAAGGAGACGGUGUUGGAGCAUAUCAUCUUGGACAUGAUGGGGAGCUCCGUGACAGUGGAGAACUUCGCGAAUGCGGCUGUCCAUCGCGCGUUUUGCCGCAAGAGGAGGCUGCUGGACCGCACCAACACCGUGCUCGUCUCUCGCCUCGCGAUAAUGAUUCUAUUCGCCUUGAUGCUCGUUUGCACCAGCCUCGUUACAUGGUACUACACUUCCACCUAUAGCAAGAAGGCUGUGAACCACGCGGCUUCGGUCUUGCGGCGUGAGCUACUCCAAAGCAGCUUGCAAACAACGUCGCUGAUCCUAGGAGAGACUUACAACAUGUCCUCUACUUUGAGCUCCCUUCACCAAAACGUUUUUCUCAGCAACCGCAAUUGGGCUUCGUCACAGGACGAGAUCAGGAGAAUCAAUUGGGCUUUUCUAUCAACGAGGCCGCAACUGAGCUCCGUCUCGUUUCUACACCGAGAUGGUUAUGCGGUUGAUUAUUCAAGAGUUAACAGUUCGGAGUACUUGUUCUUCGCCAACGAGUCUUCUGCAGGCGUUCCUAAAGCAUGGUACAUGCAGAAUCUGACUGGGUCAAAAACUGGAAUAGGAAAGUUUCCCGCCGUAGAAAGCAAUUCGACGCCUUAUGUCAUCAACCCUUCCAUCAUGCGCAAAUUUCAAGCCAGCCAGGCAAACUGGAGUAUAGAGCCGGGGGUUUUCGGUGAGCCAGUGAUAGCUGCCGCAGCCUCGGUGUUGUCGGAAAGUAAUGAAUUUAUCGGCGUCUCGGCAAUCACAACAUCCUUGAAAGAAUUAACAAACUAUUUAUCUACAGUGGACCUGCUUGGAGGAUUUCUUUACGUUGUCUGGAAAGACGAAAACAAUAAUUCAAAAAUCAUAGCGAUGUCGAGCGAAAUGCAAGAUACCGACAUUUUAUGCGAUGCCAGAAAUUCUUCCAAUCCAACAAUUGCUGCAGCUGCCACAUUUUUAGAGUCAGGAUACAAGAAUAAUCUUUUGGAAGUUCAUGCUGUGAACGUUAACCUUAUGGGUACCAAGUAUUACAUUGAUACUAUGCCAGUGAACAAUAGUCCUUUCAGUAGCCUAAAGCUGACUGCAGUAGCUGCUAUCCCAAAGAAACGCAUAAUGGGUAAGAUCGAGUCGUGGAAACGGACAGUGGUUGCAGUGUCUGUCAGCAUUGCGAUUGCUAUCUCCAUCGUGGGCUGUCUUCUAAUAUGUGUGCUUACGAGCAAUAUGAGCACCGAAAUGCAGCUGAAGCAAGAACUGAUUCGGCAGCUGAUAGCCAAACAUCGAGCCGAACAACUAAGCAAUCAUAAAAGCCAAUUUCUUGCCAACAUGAGCCAUGAGCUACGAACUCCCAUGGCUGGCAUAAUUGGCAUGUUGGAUAUUCUAUCAUGUGACACUCUAACUCCCGAGCAAGAAACUUCCGUUGGACAAAUACGACGAUGCGCAACGGGGCUUCUUAGCAUGGUUAAUAAUGUGCUGGAUAUCAGUAAGGUGGAGGCAGGAAAAAUGGACUUGGAUCUUGCUCCUUUUAAUCUGGCGAGCGAGCUGGAAUCUCUUGUGGAUAUGUUUGCAGCCCAGUCCUAUGCAGCUAGUGUGGAUGUUGCGUUGGAUCUUUCAGAUACCAUUCCGCAGGCCUUGAAAGGUGAUGCGUGCCGAAUUCGACAAAUAUUUAGCAACCUGCUUUCAAAUUCCAUGAAGUUCACGGAAAAUGGCCAUAUAGUCAUUCGUGGUUGGGCUGAUGAAAAACCGGAAAUUAGUAGUGAUGGUCCAUCUUUCAUCAAUCUCAUCUUUGAAGUUGAUGACACAGGUUGCGGAAUUCCGUCCCACAUGCAUGAAACGGUCUUCGACAGUUUCGUUCAAGCAGAUGCAUCGUCGACGAGAAUUCACGGAGGCUCUGGCCUUGGUCUCUAUAUUGUCCGGUCGCUAGUUCAGAAAAUGGGUGGAGAAGUGCAAGUCAUUUGCAAGCAAGGACCUGGAACUCUUAUUCGUUUCAAUAUUGUCAUGGAGAGAUUGAAGGAUGUUCCUCCGGAAACAUUAGUGGCGAGUUCGCCGUCACCCGACAGCUUGAGCUCUCUCAUAGGAUCGCCGCAAGUUUAUGUUUCGUAUCCGACACCAUCCUUCAGUCUUCUCGAGCGCACUCAGGUGGUGGUCGCUAUGCCAGAUGGUAUGGCGGCAAGCACUUGCAUCCGCUGGUUAGAGAAGAAAGGUACAAGGGUGACUCAUGUCAGCAGCUUUCAGGAUGUUCUAUCGACAAUGGAGGCUAUAUGCAGCAGUGGCUGCAAUGACUUUCGGCUAAACACAAGGGAAUGCCAGAGAGCUGGCUAUUUCAGUGAUUUAGCGGACUAUUCUCCGCUGGGCAGUAGUAGUGCAGGAUGCAGCAGUCGGACUCUGGAAAGCUUUCUAGAAGCCGGCUCUUCGUUGUUGGCUUUGAUCGACGUUUCUAUGUUCCCUUGGGGGAAGUCGGGACCCUCGGACUGUGAAAGUUCAUCUAAGAUGCCGGCCUCCUUACUCGAAGUACUCAGCUUCCUUUCAAGGAUUCGUCACCGGCACUCCCUUGCGGUCGGCUGGAUUGCCCCUCCUGAUUCCGGAAUUUCCUUCAAGAAGGCGUUACAGGUAGCUGCUCCAUCAGUUAUCUUGAUCAAGCCUCUACAUGCGAGCAGAAUGAAAAGACUUCUCACUUUGCUUCAACGAGUUUCCAAGUUUGAGCCGGCAUCAUCCGAGCCUUUGAGCUGCAUUUCAAGCGGACCUUCUACUCCACGCCUGACAAGUAGCGUACCUGUGAGGCACUGUGGAGGUGGUUUGGGCAUCGUUCAUCACGUGCCUUCUUCAGACGUUGCUUACCACUCGGACGACUACAUUCUCAGUACACCGGGAUCACCAACGAGUGGACUUUUGACACCCGAAGUGGUAAACACCACCGCGGACGGUGUACAGGAGGACAGGAAAGGUGCCAAGGACCUCGAGAACGAGUGGAGCGGCCCGGUUAUAGAUCUACGAAUACCGACCAAGCCAAAGAGCACAAGUUCUGCGAGAAGUCCUUUCAGCCUACCGGAAAGUGAGAUCAGCACAUCAAAUGCGUCCCCGACUCAUGCAGCAGUGGAGCCCUCAGGCUCCAAACCUUUAGCUGGCUUGCGGAUUCUAGUGGUGGAGGACACGCCCAUACUGCAGCGGAUGAUCGGGACAAUCCUGGGAAAGCUUGGAGCUGAGGUGACAAUAGUCGGGGACGGACAACAAGCCGUGACAGCAGUGGCAAAGUCAGUUAACGAGCUUCUGAAGUCACAGACUCUACACUUCGACUUGAUCCUGAUGGACUGUGCAAUGCCGGUGAUGGAUGGCUACAGCGCGACCAAGGCCAUCCGAGAAUCAGAGGCUGACACAGACCGACACAUUCCCAUCGUCGCACUCACGGCGCACGCUCUAACAAGCGACGAAGCCAAAUGCCGUGCUGUUGGAAUGGACGCUUACCUCACCAAGCCGAUCAAUUGUAAGCUGAUGGUAAGCACGAUCCAGGAGCUGGUAAAGAAGCAGUAAUUCCAGUAGCACAGGAUAGCUCAGGACAGGGUGAAAGGAGGGCAGGGAAAGUCCAAAGUUUUGCAGUGGAGACGAGAGAAAGCAAAAGUUUUUCUUCUAGGAGGGGGACUAAGAAACUGCUAGAUACACAUAUCGGAGAUAAAGGAGCUGUUAGCAAGUCACUGGGAAAGCAUUAGAUGCGCCGCUGGUGGUGGUCCUUGUCGGCUUAAGUUACCGAAGAAGCCACAGCUGCGAAGUUCUUCCAAGAUCUCAGGAACGACAACUUCAUGAUCUCGACAGGUAAAAUAGAAAACUGCAUCAAUUACUAACAGAGCUCGUUGGAUCGACCAGAGUCUACUCGCUCGCAUCAAAGAAGAAGCGCGCGAAGAGAUCAUUCGGACUUUAAGAAAAAUACGAAAAAUUUGAUUCUUUAGAGGGCUUCGACGAAGUGGAUCAAAGCUUAAAAGAAGAAUUUUGGUCU